AUGUCAGAUCAAAUAUCCUAUGAACAGCAGCUGAAUUACUUAGAAGCACGUGUCCAACCGCAAUCCUCAACUCAAGAACAAUCUCAACCACAAGAACUAACCAUUGAAGAAUUGGAACAGGAGAAGAGACGAUUACAAGAACUUGAUGCUGUUCUUGAUGCACAGGACCAUAACACGUACACUAACCCAGAUCUCGUUGACUCGAGCAAUUCCGGUGACGCUUCCGGUGUGCCAACAGCUGCACAAUUAGACGCAGAAAGAAGAGAAUCUGAUGCCAGAUCGGUGUAUAUUGGUAAUGUCGAUUACCCAACGACCCCAUUGGAAUUGCAACAACACUUUUCACCAGCAGGUACAGUCAAUAGAGUUACCAUAAUGACGAAUAAAGUUACCGGACAACCUAAGGGUUUCGCUUAUUUGGAGUUUAGUGAUGUUGAUUCUAUGAAUAAAGCUGUGGCGACUUUGGAUGGUUCGAUUUUUAGAGAUAGGCCUUUGAAAGUGUUGCCGAAAAGAACCAACAUACCGGGAGUGAAUGCAAAUAGAGGAGGUUCGAGAGGCCGUGGACGCGCUGGAUUUAGAGGCAGGGGCGCUUUCAGAGGAAGAGCUGGUUUCAGAGGAAGAGGACGCGGAGCUCCUAGGUUUAAUCCAUAUUAA